AUGCCUGAGGAAGCGAUCUCGGAUCGAACAGAAGUUACCAAUGGGCAGCUAAGGAUCACCAAUCUGCAGCUCCAGGACUCAGGCAUGUACCAAUGUGUUGCAGGGAAUAAGCAUGGCACCAUCUAUACCAGUGUAGAACUAACUGUGCAAGCUAUGGCCCCUGAUUUCCGUUUAUCACCAGUGAAACCUAUGAUCCCAGCAGCUCGAGGUGGCGAAAUCUCCAUACUAUGUAACCCUCGUUCUGCUCCCUCUCCAGUCAUUCUUUGGAGUAAAGGAACUGAACUUCUGUACAACAAUAGCAGGGUGACUGUAACAGCCAAUGGGAUGCUAAUCUUAAAAAAUAUUUCUCGUUCUGAUGAAGGGAACUAUACCUGUUUUGCGGAGAAUAUUAUGGGAAAGUCAAACAGCACCGGAAUCCUGAGUGUAAGGGAAGCAACAAGAAUCACUUUAGCUCCCUCUGGAUCUGAUAUUAAUCAAGGGGACAGUGUCAUAUUGCAGUGCCAUGCAUCCCACGAUCCAACUAUGGACCUUACAUUUACAUGGGAGCUGGAUGGGGUCCCCAUCAACCUUGAGAAAGAGCAAGAACAUUACCAAAGAGAUUCAGCGGAUGAAUCUAUUGGGGAUCUUCGUAUUAUCCAUGCUAAAUUAGGGCAUGCUGGAAAAUACACAUGUACAGCACAAACCGUAGUGGACCGCACAUCUGCUUCAGCUUCUCUGCUUGUACGAGGCCCCCCUGGGCCACCAGGUGGUGUGGUUGUCAGGGAUGUGAAGGAAACAAGCAUUCAGCUGACCUGGAGUCGAGGGUUUGAUAAUCACAACCCAAUUAGUCGCUACAUGGUACAAGCGAUGGAGCCUGAGACAGAGAUUUGGAAGCCUGCAAAAACAGAUCCACUUACUGUGGAAGGUAAUGCAGAAUCAGCUCUUGUGGUUGGCCUUUUACCAUGGACUGACUACCUUUUCCGAGUAGUCGCCAGCAAUAUUUUAGGAGUAGGGGAGCCAAGUGCUCCUUCUUCCUUGGUGAAAACAAAAGAGGCCGCUCCUAAUGUGGCUCCAUCAGGGGUUAAUGGAGGUGGAGGUACACCAAAUGAACUCACUAUCAACUGGACGCCUCUUGGAAGACAAUAUCAGAAUGGAGAUGCCUUUGGAUAUAUUGUAGCUUUUAAGAGAAAGACUGAGGACACCUGGCAGACAUUUAGAGUACCUGGGGUGCAGUCCCAUCAGUUUGUAUACCGGAAUGAGACCAUUACAGCUUACACCCCCUUUGAUGUCAUGAUCAAAGCUUUUAAUCGGAAAGGAGAAGGACCAUACAGUCUGAAGACCACUGUAUAUUCAGCAGAAGAUGAGCCAAACAUUUCCCCUUCCAAAGUCAAGGCCAAAGCAAUAUCAUCAUCGGAUAUUGAGGUGGAAUGGAAUUCUGUGUCACCUGUUAAUGGUGUUUUAUUGGGUUAUGAGAUUCGUUACUGGAAGGCUGGAGAUAAAGAGGCAGCUGCUGAUAGGGUGAGAUCACCCAGUCUGGAUACUUCUGCAAAAAUUAGUGGACUAAAGCCAAACACUAUGUAUCAUGUUACUAUUCGUGCUUACAACAGAGCUGGCACUGGACCACCUAGCCCAAGCACUAAUGUCACUUCCAGCAAAGCACCUCCUAAGAGACCUCCGCGUAAUAUUUCCUGGACACUUUCCGGCUCCAGCAUUAACAUCAAAUGGGAUCCAGUGAUAGCAAUGAAGAAUGAGUCUCCUGUAACAGCAUACAAGCUUCUUUAUAGGCUGGAUUCACAAUCAACUCCCACCCUGUAUGCAACCAGCAAGACAAGAGCAGAGCUUCCACUUCCUGAAAUGGCCAGUCAUGUGACAAUACAACUUUGUGCCACUGGAAAUGGUGGAGAUGGAGAGCCAGCAGAAGUACACAUUCCCAAAGAUUCAGGCACCAGCAUGAUGGUAGAGAAUUCUGCAUCUCCAUUCCUGACACAGGCUCAUGUGAUCAACUCUGCUGUGUGGCUGCUUCUGAAGUGUUUUGUAAUCUGACACAUCUCAUUUGUAAGACCGCAGAUGGAAAUUCUGGAUGUAAUCAAGAGCCUCUCUCCUCCCUGAAGCUGAAACACAAAUAUUCCCAACAACUAGAGGCAGCAAUUUUAUGUAGAUAAGGGUUAAGGAUGGGAUAUGACGCUUCUGAGACUUGAGUGUUGUCUAGAA